AUGAAGUUUGAAUCUCUUGAAGUCCUUUAUCUCAGUCAAUGUCGAAAGUUGAAGAAGAUUCCUAAGUUCCAUGGGAAUAUGAAACAUUUGAAGGAACUUCAUUUAAACAAGAGUGGGAUUAAAGAGCUACCAAGUAGCAUUGUGUAUUUAUCAUCUCUUGAAGUCCUUGAUCUCUCGGAUUGUUCAAACUUUGAGAAAUUUCCUGAGAUCCAUGAGAAUAUGAAAUUUUUAUGGCAGCUUGAUCUAUGUUUCAGUGGUAUUAAAGCACUCCCAAACAGCAUUGGGUAUUUGGAAUCUCUUGAAAUUCUUGACCUCUCAUAUUGCUCAAAAUUUGAGAAAUUCCCAGAGAUAAGAGGGAAUAUGAAAUGUUUGAAGGGGCUUUAUUUAGAUAAGACUGCUAUUAAGGAACUCCCAAAUAGCAUUGGGUCCUUGACCUCUCUCGAAAUUCUUUCUCUUAGAAAAUGUUCAAAGUUUGAGAAAUUUUCGGAUGUAUUUACCAAUAUGGGACUUUUAUGUGAGCUAGAUUUAUAUAAGAGUGGUAUUAAGGAACUCCCAAAUAGCAUUGGGUCCUUGACCUCUCUCGAAAUUCUUUCUCUUAGAAAAUGUUCAAAGUUUGAGAAAUUUUCGGAUGUAUUUACCAAUAUGGGACUUUUAUGUGAGCUAGAUUUAUAUAAGAGUGGUAUUAAGGAACUCCCAGGCAGCAUUGGAUGUUUGGAAUCUCUUGAACAUCUUGACCUAUCAUAUUGCUCAAACUUUGAGAAAUAUCCAGAGAUCCAAGGGAAUAUGAAAAUCUUAAAGGAGCUUUCUUUAAAGCACACCGCUAUUAAGGAACUCCCAGGCAGCAUUGGACGUUUGGAAUCUCUUGAAAUCCUUGACCUCUCAUAUUGCUCAAACUUUGAGAAAUUUCCAGAGAUCCAAGGGAAUAUGAAAUUCUUGAAGGCGCUUUCUUUAAAGCACACCGCUAUUAAGGAACUCCCAAAUAGCUUUGGGUGCUUGCAGGACCUUGAAAUUCUUGACCUCGGUGGUUGCUCAAAUCUUGAGAGGUUUCCUGAGAUCCAAAAAAAUAUGGGAAACCUACGGGAUCUUUCUCUACAGGAAACUGCUAUUAAAGGAUUACCCUGCUCAAUAGAUAACAACUUCUUGGGAUUUGUUCUAUUCUUCCAUCAUGUUCCCCUUGAUGAUGAUGAAUGUGAGACAACAGAAGGUGAUCCACAUUGUGAAUUGACGAUAUCCCAUGGUGAUCAAUCUAAACGACUGGUGAAGAUACCGUUUUAUUCUGAUUGUAAAACCUACGUAUCAUAUAGCAGCGACCCCCACCUCUGCUGCUACAGAGGUAGCCCAUCAGAUCCAGCAAUUUGGGUGACGUGUUUCUCUCAGACUGAGAUUCCCCGUGAGUAUCGAUCCAGUUGGUGGAACAACUUUAAGGCUCUCGUCCACACUCGAAUCGGUUAUGGCUCUUUUACGUGUGGCGAUAACGCAUGCUUUCAAGUGAAAAGCUGUGGGAUACAUCUCUUGUACGCCCAAGAUGAGAUGCAUUGCCCUUAG